AACCCGCGGGGUACAACCACAAAUUGCAGAAACGUGAAUAACUCAAAAGCACUUCAAGACCUUCGUAGAUGCUUUUGCUGAAGCGGCACGUUCUUGGCUUUCAGAAAAAAACGCACAAUAUAAAACUACAGGUCCGUUUUUGCCGAUUACGCGGAAGUACAUCCGCUGUUGUUUGGGGAAAAAACACACGUUCGUGAAAAGAUGCCGUCCGAUGCAGAUUAUUACGCGCUCUUUCACGUCCGGGCUGCGCUUCACCUAGAUUUCACGGAGUGCGGUGGUUGGAAGCCACCCGCGAGAACGGACGCAGGAGCGCCGGAACCAUCCCUCGAUGAAAAUGACGAUCCACCAGAUCAGGUAAAGAAAACAGAUGCUGCAGCCGCGAUUGGGAUGCACAAGUCCGCGUCUACUGCGUCUUUGCAGGAUCAGGAAAACACAGGGCGAAACGAUGCAGAUUAUGGGGUGGAGAAUGAGGGCGCAGACACGCGUGUCAACAAGCGCGUUGCUGCAGUUGAUGCUGGUAGCAGCAUAUCGAGUUCACGAUCCAGGAAUGCAGAGCAGAUGAACGUUGAAGAUGAACACCCAGCAAAAAGACGAAGGGAGGAUCAGCAGCCCUUUACGAAGUAGGGAAGAUCAAGACGGAAAGACAACGAGUGGUAAAGGAACGUUGCUGCUUAUUGGAACAAGUUUGGAAGAUUUGGGGACUACAACUCAUCAAGGAAUCCCAUUUUUCAAAAUUAAAAGAAAUCGAAAAUUAGAGUUCGACGGAUCAAUCCGGGAAGAGAUGAGAACGAACAUGUUUCAAAGGCACUUUUAUAUCAGUUCACCGUACUACAAAAACAAAUCGUACUUGCUCAUGCCGGGCCUAAGUAACGCUUCUAUUCGACGGGAAUUCAU